GCGGAGGGCGGCAGCGCGGAGCGGAGCGGGGACGCUCGGCCGGCACCGUCUACAUGUCGAGUUUCGACACCAACCCGUUCGCCGAUCCGGUGGACGUGAACCCUUUCCAGGAUCCCUCGGUGACACAGCUCACAAAUGCCAGCCAGAGCGGCUUGGAUGAAUUCAACCCCUUUUCUGAGAGCUCCCAGCUGACAAAUGCAGCGCGGACGGCGCCGGCCACACAGCCCUCUGGCCACUCACAGCCUGCUGUUCUGCAGACAUCAGUGGAGCCCACCCCACAGGCUGUGGCUGCAGCAGCACAGGCCGGGCUGCUUCAGCAGCAGGCAGAACUAGAGAGGAAGGCAGCUGAGCUGGAGAAGAAGGAAAGGGAAUUGCAGAACAAUGCAGCCAGCAUUAAUCCAAGGCAGAACAACUGGCCACCCCUGCCCAGGAAGUGUCCAAUCAAGCCGUGCUUUUAUCAGGAUUUCUCUGCAGACAUCCCAGCUGACUACCAGCGGAUAUGCAAGAUGCUUUAUUACCUGUGGAUGUUGCAUUCGGUUACUCUGCUCCUAAAUCUGCUGGCUUGCUUGGCGUGGUUCACGGUUCACUCAGAAAAAGGAGUAGACUUUGGUCUCUCGAUCCUGUGGUUUGUUUUAUUCACCCCUUGUGCCUUUCUCUGCUGGUACCGACCGAUCUACAAGGCUUUCAGGUCUGACAGCUCCUUCAGCUUCUUCGUCUUCUUUUUCAUCUUCUUCUGCCAAAUAGCAAUCUACGUCAUCCAGGCUGUUGGCAUCCCUGGCUGGGGAGACAGUGGCUGGAUUGCAGCGCUGUCAGAGCUGCGUGGGAACAUGGCUGUGGCCAUCAUCAUGAUGGUGGUGGCAGGGUUCUUCACGCUCUGUGCGGUUCUCUCGCUCUUCCUCCUCAAGCAGGUGCAUUCCCUGUACCGGCGCACGGGAGCCAGCUUCCAAAGGGCUCAGGAAGAGUUUUCCCAAGGCAUCCUCACCAACAGGAGCUUCCAGAACGUGGCGGCCGGGGCGGCCUCCUCAGCUGCACACAGUGCUUUCCGGGGCAAUUAGCCCUCCCCAAGGGCCGCCUCUGCCUCGCUUCCCCUUCCAUUGUCACCCCAACCUUCAUUUUCUAACGAUGCACUUUUCGUGGGUACCAUUGUUAGCUCUGUGAUGCCGACUCCAAUGAGAAGAGAUCUGCAUUUUAGCUUCAGCUGGCCUCCGUUUGUGACAGUUAGUUUCCCUGCUUUGCUCAAGGACGUGGGGAGAGGGGGAGAUGUUCUCCGAAGCAAAUAUCCAUCUCUGUCCGGGCCACACAGAGCGUUUGUCUCUCCCUCCUCUCACCCAGUCUUGUAGCAGGGAGGUGAGAAGCAGGAAUUUCGAUUUUACUUUCUUUUCUAUCGGCCUGUGCUAUGAACAACUUGAUUUCA